CCUUUUCUCUCUCUCCCUCAAUUUUACAUAUGCCGUUUAAGUAUCCGAAUUUUUUUUACAUCGAAAAAAUUCACCUAUUUUUAAGUUCGUCUAAACAUAAAUUUACAAAAACGCGUUUGCGUAAAAAAAUUCUCUCUCUCAUUUAAAUAUUUUUUUUUGUCAUCCAAGAAAAAAAAAUAUAUAUUUCUUCCGUCCUGCCCUAAAAAUGAAAAAAAAUGGGAGUUUUCGAGUCCUAGAAACGAAUGAGAAUUAGAUAAUGAAUUUUCGAGUGGUCCUGAAAAACUAACUAAUAAGCUACAGCGAAAAAAGUUAAUGGUAUUGUCAAGAUUCCUCUAAUAGAAACUGCAACCUCGACGAUGGACGAUUUACGACGGACGAUGGACAUUGCAGUCUCGACGACGACGAUGGGUCUUUUUUUCGUCUCUUUAAUUUUCGUUCUUACGUGCUUAAAUGUUGUUCUUAUAUGUUUUUUUAUGUUUUUUUUUUGUUCCUUUUUUUUUCUCUCUGUACAUAUGAUUCUUGAUUCUGAUAAAUAAUGAACAUAUAUUUUGUAAAUAUCAAAAAUGUAGAUAGUUUCUUUUUAUCCCCUUUUUCAUAAAAUACAAUAGACAAUUUUUUGUACAUACAUUAUACAUUUUUUUUUUCUUUUUAUCUUAAUUUAAUUUUUCAGUUUGUCAAUAGAGCUAGUGACCAAGACAUUUAUUUAUUUAACUCGCGUAUAAACGUAAAGAAAAAAACGAUUCGACAUUUUUAAAGGAAAACACGAAGAGCUUUUUUUUUUCCUUCUUUUUUUUACAACACUUUUUACAACACUUUUUACUUACAACACUUUUUACAACACUUUU